UCUUGUGCUUUUUUUUUUUGCUGAAACAAGUGUGGACGCGGCAUGUUGCGAACUCAAAUGGGCAAAAAAAAACAGAUGCCGCAUUGCAAUUCACCGAAAUGUUGGUCGAUGGACAGUCUCUUCCGGGGUGCUAUAUUCCAUUCCUUGCACAACUAGCUGCUCAGGCAAACUCUUCAGCAAGUUCAAAUUGGAAAUCGCCAUCCAUGAAAUCAUCAGGCUCUGUUCCCAAGGACCGUUCCGGUUCCGAGGACCAUUCAGGUUCGGAGGAGGACCGCUUAGGUCUGAAGGAGGACAGUUCGAAGUCACAGAUUCCUCCUGGUCUGCAGGCAGUUGCAUUGACAAGCUUAGCGAGCUUCCUCGCUUUGUGUCCGAAAGCCGCCUGUGAACAUAAGCACCUUGUCCAGAAAGCGCUGAGUUCAAACCAGCAUAAUGAAGUUAAACUGGCUGGUCUGAAGGCGGCAGCGAAGUUGGCGCUAUGCGCACCCAACGAGUACCUUCCGGUUUUCAAACUGGUGGAAGAUCUGGUUCAACAAUCGGCUAAUGAUGACAAUAGCAAGGCAGAGCACGCAAACUGUAAAAGAAGCAUCUCCGCCAGUCAAGCUGGAAAACACUGCAACGAGACUGAGGCCCGCCAGAAGGAGAAGGCUCAUCCGUCCGGCGUGGAUAUGACGAUAAACAGGUACCGAACAUUGCCCGAGUUCAGCACGGAGGCGUACCGAGCAAUUGCUGAGUUGCUUCUGCAGGGCAGGCUGAAGGCGGAGUCGUACCUGGGUUUUGUCGGCAACGGAAUUGCUGACAGUCACCCUGGUAUACAGAGGCUAAUGGUGCACACUCUUCAGCGGCUGCUCGAGAUGUCGGGCAAGGGUCGGAUUAAGAUGGUCGUCGAUCUGCACACUCAGACUCGUGCCUCGUGCCGCAAACGCUUGGUCGCACAGCUCGUAGGCAACCUGCAAUUCCUCGGCAAGCGCAGGGAAACGGCAUGUGACAGCGGAACUCGAAUACGCCGCAAUCCCAAGGCUGGUUCCGCCGCCGACAUCAGGGACAUGGACUCCAACUGCAGAAGUGCCACGGGGGUCGAUAGCAACUUCUCCGCAGUUCUGACCCAGCAGGAUCUAAGGAGUGACGAGCUAGCAGCGCUUUUGUUGCAAAAGCUCUGCGCUGGACAAUCUGACGUUGCAUUCUUUCUGAGUUUUGUGACCCCCUCUAAAAGGGCACUCUUGACAUUAGAGGCAAACGUACAGGCAACACCGCCAAAGCUGUGUGUUCGGUCCCUCGAUCCAUUGGCUCUCGAUGAUCUGAUGCAGUUUGUUUCGAACGCACAGCACGCCAAGAGGGGCACAACCGAGUCGGCAGGUGGCGGCACUAACGUCAACAUGGUUGAUGCCGAGGAUUCAGCGAUGCCGGCGUCAACUCUGAGACAACUGUCAGCGAACAUAAUGCGACUCCUACGGAAGGAGAGAAGCAUGGCGACCGAUCACCGCCACAGCAGCAGGAGCAGCAAAGGAGCAACGCAAAUCGGGAUGGAUUUCUUGAAGAGGAAGAGGGAGCAACAUGAUACCACCACCACUCAGAAAAUGCAAAAGAAAGACGAAGAUGGAGACUGGGGCGUCCAGUUUGGUAAUGCGGUCAAGGGGAUUAACGUCAACGACGACAACCGGGAGAGUCUCGGGCGCGAGAAGGAUCACCCGGACGAGGAAUUGACGGAGGGUAAUGGCAAUUUACAGGGAGGUGCACCGGGCAAUCGUCAGCAGCUUGUGAUAGAUCACUACGUCAAGGCGGUUGAGGGGUUCAAAAAGAAACCUGACAUGGAGAUGAGGAUUGCAGACAUUCUCAGAGAAGUGUAGUUAGUGCAUGUACAGCACAGUGCCACAGAGCCUUUUUUUUUUUUUUUUUUUGGGGGGGGGGGGGGGGGGGGGGGGGGGGGGGGGGGGGGUUCAAUAUGCCCCUGAAAGUUCGAUUAAUUUGCGGCGUGCCCCUCUGACGGCCGACUUACCCUGUCGCGCCUCUCCUACAACUAUUGAAGUUUCCGAAAAACCCCUGGCGUCGUUUGGGCCUGAAGUAUGUUCAAUAUGCCCCUUGCGGUACCGGUUCCAAAUUUCCAGUAUGCCCCUGUAGCUCCCCUCCAUGGGCCCAGGGAACGGCUGCAAGUGCCACAUGCUGGAAAGUCGCGCCCUUCACUGA